AUGACCCGGACCAAGCACUUUGACGAGCUACAAGACCUCGUGGCGCGGACGGCCGAGCGACGGACCUUGGACGAUGCGGCCUUUGCCACAGCCUACGCAAAGCUAUUGCGCGCCGUGCGCCAUCGACGUCGCAACUCACCGACAAAACCAAAAACCACUGCCCAGGCUUCGAUCAACGACGAGCCGCGACCCGCCAAGCAGCUGUCGGACGACGAGCUCAAGGACGUGGUUCAGCGCGUCCUCGCGUCGGGCGAUGCCUUCAUGGACAGUGCAACCGCCGAGAUGCAGCAUCUCAAGGAGUUGCAGAGCCUCUACUUUAAGGAAGUGAGUCGGUGGCGCGAUGACAACCACGAUCUCGACGCGCGCGCACACGGGCUGCAAGCAUCGCUGUCGACGCUUCAAGAAGACCACUCGACCGCGCAGGACGCAGUGUACGAUGCACAAGCCCGCAAACUCCAAGCAGCUCAAAGCAACCUACGCGAUCUCUCGGCACAGCUGACUACACUACGCAGCACGAUUAUAACCGAGGAAGAUGAGCUCGCGCGGUUGACACCGGCCAUCGACACUGCGCUUGCUGCGCAACAGGAACACGACCGCUUGAGCCGGGACACGGAGACACUGCGAGCAAAGCUACGGGCGCUACAAGCCGAGGAGGCGAAGCGACAGCGUAUGCACGAAAAGCGCCUCCGCGAGGCCACACUUGAGCUGGAGGCAGCACAACGCGCUUGCGACAGCGUCCGCAACGAGCUCUCGCGGGACCAGCUGGCACUCCAAGACGUGUCAGUCGCGAUGAAGCAUGUUGCGAGUAGUUCGGCGAAACUUCACGCGUCGUCCAGCCUUCCGACAACCUUGUCUUCGUCUCCCAGUGUACAGUCGCAUCAUGCGCAUUUCUCGCGCAUCCCGCGUCAAGCCAAAAAAGCCAACAUCAAGAAGCGGUAA